UAUUCCCUCCUCUUUUACCUUUUUAAAUACUUUAAGAAGGAUUAGCUCUCUUUUAAAUGUUUUGGAUAAUUCAGCUGUAAAGCCAUUUGGUCCUGUACUUUUGUUCAUUGGGAGUUUUUGAUCACCAAUUCAAUUUCAUUACUAGUAAUUGGUCUGUUCAGAUUUUUCUGUCUUUUCCUUGGAUGGUUAUGUUUUUCUAGGAAGUUGUCCAUUUCUUCUACAUUGUCCAAUUUAUUGGUACAUAAUUUUUCAUAGGAUUUUUUAAUUCUUUGUAUUUCUUUAGCAUCUGUUGUGACUAUUCCUUUUUCGUUUCAGUUCCCCAGUUGGGCAAAGAAGCAAUGUUGGACUAGGUCCAGCAGCAUGAAGUGCUUAAUGUGGGUGAUGUUUGAUACUGAUGGUGGCCUUUUUUCCUUUGGUAAUGAAAUAACUUAGAAGGUGCUUUAGUUCCAUAGUUUUGGAUGAACUGAUCUAGCACUUGUAUAAAAUCAUUGGUAAUUGAAUGAUUAUAUCAAAGGGAACUUAAGUUUUUGAUCCAACUCAGUUAUAUUUUUAAGACUUUAACAAACUUAAUGCCCAAUUGCUUUGCUAGUUAAGUGUAUAUGAAAUAUUCUGUAGAUUUUUGUGCUGGGUCAAGGUUUGGCUAAAACAGUUUUAACUUUUUGUUGGCUGUCUUCUUUCUACAGGUGUUGGAAAUUAAUAGCUCUUCUAGUUUUUACAUCAUUUAAAUACAGUAGUGUCAUUGGACUAAAAUGUUCCUGAUGCCAACCUCUUCAGAGUUAAACAUUGAGCAGAACUUCUUAACUCAGUGGAUGACCAAUCCUUCUCGGGCUGGGGUCAUAUUAAAUCGUGCACUUCCUCUUUCGGAAGCACACGAUGAGAAGCGAGUAAAUGUGACCAUUCCUACUAGCUUUCCUCUUAAAGCCCCACAUUUUUCAAAUAGCUUCAGCUUUAUAAGUGAAGAAGAUUCACUUCAUGAUGGACAGAAGUUGGAGUCUGACAGCUCUUACAAACUACAGUCAGAUGAAUCUGAAAUACCUACAGUCUUUCCUUUAACUAAAGAGAGACCACAGAUCGUGGCAUGUCAGGAUGCUCCUGGACACUGGGAAGAUAACAAAAGUGACUUUAUCUCAGAUAAUGGGAGUGAAUUCAAGGACGUGGAUUAUAAAGACCCACUUUUUAAAAAGCUUGAACAGCUGAAAGAAGUACAGCAGAAGAAACAGGAACAACUGAAGAGGCAACAGUCAGAGCAACUACAAAGGCUCAUGGAAGAACAAGAGAAGCUGCUUACUCUGGUGUCUGGGCAACACACACUCCCAGCUCCACUGCCUGACAAUCAAAGCCAGAAGUACAGGUCUCCAGGAAAUUCAGCCCCUAUAGAAAAAACCGCACCCUUCUUACCAUCAUAUAUCUACCAGAAUCAAAUGCAAGAAAAAAUGCACACUUUCAACAUUUUAUCCACUGAACAAGACUUCUGUACUCCUCAAGAUUUUGUGUUGACGUCAAAAAGUAGUGCUUCUCACAAUAUGUUUUAUGAGGCACAAUGUCAAGAAGCACUUGCGAAAAAAAACGAUUUGAAGGAAGAAAACCAUAACCUUCCUAUAGGAGAAGAUAUUUUACCAUGCUGGGAGAAAAUGAUGGAACCGAUUCAGGAAGGAAAUGAUAUGAACCUAAAAAAAUGUGGUUCCUCAGAAAUGCUUAAUAUUGAAGAAAGGCCCAUCCAAGCUGCUAUUAGAGAAAAGAAACAGACAUUUGAAGACUACUUAGAAGAACAAAUUCAGUUGGAAGAACAAGAACUGAAGCAAAAACAGGAAGCAGAAGGAUCAUUGCUAAUCAAAGCAAAACCAAAGCAUCCAUUCUUAAAAAGAGGAGAAGGUUUAGCUAGAUUUAUUAAUGCUGAAUCUAAGUUUCAGAAAGGGAGAGAAAGUAAACCAGUGACUAAUCAGAGCAUUUCAGAGAACCAACCUGUGUUUAAAAUAGACAGACAACAAUUCCAGCGGAAAACUGCUCUUAAAAAUAAAGAACUGUGUACAGAGAACUCUUCUGUGAAAAAGAACAAUAAAACUAGAAUCAAGAGUGGUUUGUUCACACUUAAUCAGAAACCCAAAGUGCUGAAGAGUAAUAAUAGGAAAGGUCUCUCUCUGUCAGGACUGAAACUACUCACUGGGAGGAAAUGUGAUGGGCGAUUCAGAGACCAGAUCAAAUUAGAAAAAAAAGUAGAGUCUAAUGAUAAAGAAAAUGUACCUGAGUGUAUAAAACCUUGUGAUAUUAGUUGGGAAGUCUGGAAUAAGGCACAAAGUAAAAACAAACUUCCCCUUUCAAUAGGGCUGGUCAGCUGUGCGGCUUCUAAGAGUAUGAUAAGUGAGACCUUGAAAGAGUCAGAAUCUUCUCUUGACAUUUCUCUUCAGAAAAGAUUAGAGAAUUGGGAACGAGAAAAGGAAAAGGAAAAUUUAGAAUUAGAUGAAUUUUUAUUUUUAGAACAAGCUGCUGAUGAAAUAUCAUUUUCCAGUAAUUCCUCAUUUGUACUGAAGAUCUUAGAGAGGGACCAACAGGUCUACAAGUGUCACCAGCUGUCUUCUACCCCCGUCAAAGCCGUGCAGCAGGAGGAGAUGGCAGCUUCGGGACCCAUUAGUCAGUGUGCCCGAAUGGAGGAUCCAGACCAAACUAAAAAACAAAGUAAGGGUAAGUGUGAGGUUGCACCCAGACAGCUUGAUUCAGUGUCCUUGCCUGAAGGGCUGAGGGAACACUCUUUCAAAGCCAGCAGGAAAGCGUGCCCAACGAGCACUUCUGAAAAUCAAACUAGGUGGAAUGUAAGUGAGGAUGAAGAUGUUGCGAACAGUGACAGCACUGACACUGAGGAACGACUUGACGUUGCCAUGAAACCGUCAGCUGAGGCUGAAGAGAGAGGUUUUAGCAGCAGAGAAGAUAGUCCACAAGUCUGUGAUGGUAAGGGACCUUUUAGGGACACUGGGACUCAAGAAGAUAAAGGGAGAGAUGUGGAUUUAGACUUGUCUGAUAAAGAUUAUAGUAGUGAUGAGUCUAUCAAAAUAGAAAGCUUGAAAAAUAAAGUUUCUGAGUCCACAAGAAGACCCUCAUCUGUAAGCGUGUGUAAAAUUGACUUUGAUGAUGAAAGAUCUUGGGCUGACCUUGAAGAAAAUUCAUUUAAACAUGAUGUUAUUCCUGGGAAUGAAGCCAUUUAUGGUACUCCCCAGACAGCCUACCCUAAUACGAGUGAAAUAUAUGUACUGGACAAAACAGUAAAAAGGAAAGUUGCACCAGUCAAGAAGGGAGAAGACUUGAGCACAUCCAUUAGGAGCACAAGUCCCCCUCCUACAUCAGAUCUGAUGAUGAAAUUCUUUCCUUCUUUGAAACUGAAACCAAAAUCAGAUCGACAUUUGGGAAAUGAACCCAAAUUAAAUAUAAGUCAAGACCAACCAUCUGGUGACAGUACUAGAUCUCAAGUUUUGAGAGAGAAAGUUAUUGAAUUAGAAACAGAAAUAGAAAAAUUUAAGGCUGAGAACACAUCUUUAGCUAAACUUCGCUUUGAAAGGGAAAAGGCCUUGGAAAAGCUCAGGAAAGAAAUUGCAGACUUUGAACAACAGAAAGCAAAAGAAUUGGCUCGAAUAGAAGAGUUUAAAAAGGAGGAAAGGAGGAAACUACAAAAGGAACGCAAAGUUUUUGAAAACUAUACUACAGUUGCAAGAACUUUUCCAGAUAAAAAGGAACGUGAAGAAAUACAGGUUUUGAAACAGCAGAUAGCAGAUUUACAGGAAGAUCUGAAAAGAAAGGAAGCAAAAUGGUCAAGCACACAUGGCCGUCUUAGAAGCCAGAUAGAAAUGUUGGUCAAAGAGAACACAGACCUCCGGGAAGAAAUAAAAGUGAUGGAAAGAUUCCGACUAGAUGCCUGGAAGAAAGCAGAGGCUACUGAGAGCAGUGCCAAGUUGGGUCAGUGUGCAACUGCUGUGAAAAAAGAUGGGUCCAUGAGCUCAUCAGUUCGAUUUCAAAAGAGUCAAAUUUCUUCAGGAACCCAAGUAGAAAAAUAUAAGAAAAAUUAUUUGCCAACACAAGGCAAUCCAUCUCGGAGAUCCAAGUCUGUGCCGCCUCAUGUUUUAGGCAAUCCGGAUAAAGGACAAACUGCCUCACCCAGGGAAUCCUCUGAACCAGCAGACAUCACAGAUCCUGAAUAUAAAGAGGAUGAUGAGAAAGAGGAAAAAGAAGGAAUUCAGGGAGAAAUCAGUCAUCCUGAUGGAAAGAUAGAAAAGGUUUAUAAGAAUGGAUGCCGUCUUAUACUGUUUCCAAAUGGAACUCAAAAAGAAGUGAGUGCAGACGGGAUGACUGUCACUGUCAGCUUCUUCAAUGGCGAUGUGAAGCGGGUCCUGCCAGACAAGAGAGUGAUCUACUACUACGCAGCCGCCCAGAUCACUCACACUACUUACCCAGAAGGACUACAAGUCUUACAUUUCUCAAGCGGACAAAUAGCAGAAAAACAUUUCCCAGAUGGAAGAAAAGAAAUCACAUUUCCUGACCAAACUAUCAAAAACUUAUUUGCUGAUGGACAUGAAGAAAGCAUCUUCCCAGAUGGUACAAUUGUCAGAGUACAACGAAACGGCAACAAAAUCAUAGAGUUUAAUAAUGGCCAAAGAGAACUACAUACUGCCCAAUUCAAGAGACGGGAAUAUCCAGAUGGCACUGUCAAAACUGUAUAUAUAAAUGGUCAUCAAGAAACAAAAUAUUCGUCUGGUCAAAUAAGGGUUAAAGACAAGGAUGGUAAUGUUCUUAUGGACACAAAGUUUUAAUAAUCUUUGUGCAUGACUAAUAAGAAAUAACACUAACAUGAUUUUCUUGUUUAAAAAUGUACAUUUUUGUGAAUUCUGUGGUUUAAUUUAUAUAUAUUUUGUGUCUGUGUAUAAAUGGAAAACAUAAAUAAAACUUCAUACUCUUUAAAAAAAAUACUCUUUGAAAUGCGCAGGGACAGCCUUCAUUUUAAUUUACCUACCCUGUCUUUCUACAGCUAAAUGCAUGACUAACGAAAACAAUGUUACUUUGUUAUAAACUGUAUAGACUGUAAAAAUAGUAAGUGGGUACUUCUCUUAAGGAUAGAUGCUUAUAAAAACCAGUAAGUACAAUAAAUAAAAUAGCACAAAGAUUUUCACCAGUACAUCAGCCAUAG